CUAUAAAACCCCACCCAUCCUUGGAUUCCACUCAGGUCACAGCCUUUUCCUUCCUUUAGUGCUCACAUUUUGGGAGAAUAGAGUUCUUAGGGAGAGAGGGAGGAAGAUGGAAGGGAAAGAAGAGGAUGUUAGGCUAGGAGUCGACAAGUUCCCAGAAAGGCAGCCAAUAGGGACGGCAGCUCAAACCCAGGACAAGGACUACAAGGAGCCCCCACCAGCUCCCUUGUUUGAGCCAGGGGAGCUCCAGUCAUGGUCCUUCUACAGGGCUGGGAUAGCAGAGUUCAUGGCCACCUUUCUCUUCCUCUACAUCACCAUCCUUACUGUCAUGGGUGUGGUCAAGUCCCCCAGCAAGUGCUCCACUGUGGGCAUCCAAGGGAUUGCUUGGGCCUUUGGUGGCAUGAUCUUUGCCCUCGUCUACUGCACUGCUGGGAUCUCAGGUGGCCACAUCAACCCUGCUGUGACCUUUGGGCUGCUGUUGGCAAGGAAGCUCUCCCUGAUCAGGGCUCUGUUCUACAUGGUGAUGCAGUGCCUGGGUGCCAUCUGUGGUGCUGGUGUGGUCAAGGGGUUCCAGAAGGGGCUCUAUGAGAGCAAUGGUGGAGGAGCCAAUGUUGUGGCUCCUGGCUACACCAAGGGUGAUGGCUUGGGUGCUGAGAUUAUUGGCACUUUUGUCCUUGUCUACACUGUUUUCUCUGCCACUGAUGCCAAGAGGAAUGCCAGGGACUCUCAUGUACCAAUCCUUGCUCCCUUGCCUAUUGGGUUUGCUGUUUUCCUUGUUCAUCUGGCUACCAUCCCCAUCACUGGAACUGGUAUCAACCCUGCCAGAAGCCUUGGGGCUGCCAUCAUCUACAACAGAGACCAUGCUUGGGAUGACCAAUGGAUUUUCUGGGUGGGACCAUUCAUUGGAGCUGCACUCGCUGCUCUCUACCACCAGGUGGUCAUCAGGGCAAUCCCAUUCAAGACUAGGCCUUGAGCCUUCACUACCGUUACUUAUCUGUCCUGUGGCUUGCAACUUGUCUCUUUAUCUUGUUCAUGGCGAAUUCCCCCCAGCUGUGUUAUGUAUUCCAGCACUUUGGCUGUUUCUUAAGUGUGUAAAUUAAGUAAUGCUAUAUUGCUAUCUUAUGGACCACUGUUCUGCAGCUUCUGGCGCA